CAAACAUUAUGGUGCACGUGCACCUUGGACAGCACCUGCCUAUUUAAAUCGCCAAGAGGACACGUUUCCACCUCGGUAUCUAUAAUAGACACCGGACUGAAGAUAAGCAGGCAUGAGAGGAUGCUGCUGGACUCCUCUGACUGACGAUGCUGCUCUCAGCCUCCAUUGAAUCUGGGCAGAAACCGCGUCUGGCCAUGAAAAAGGACUCGUCCCCAUUGGCUGGAUUUCAGUGCACUUGCUAUAACAACAGGAUAUGCAGAGAGCUGUGGGCUGAUCCAGCCUAUCAUGUCUUUCGCACGCUUUUUUGACCGAGAUCAGUGUUGUUGUUCAAUAGGAUGUGAGCUGCGGAUGGUGAAAAUGCAAUAACAACAAUUAAAACAGCACCAAUAAUAAUAUUGAUACAAAUAGUAAUAGUGAUGAUGGUGCACGAGGGAGCUGUGAAGCUCCAGGCUGCUGUUGUUGUUGUUCCGUGUAGUCAAAGCUGCUUCUGAAGAAUGUUCAAGUAUCGGAUCCGUCUGUUUUUCAAUGAACUCAAAGUGUUGCUACUGAUGCGCUCUGGAUCCAGCAGCAGCAGCCGCAGCAGCAGCAUCAGGACCGACACAGGCACAGACCCGCAGCCGCACACCAGGAUGAGGGGGCUGCCUAUAGGAGACUGUGGCUGGCCACCGCUCAGCUGCUCCCAACCGGACGACGAGGAGGAAUAUUAUGGUUCUGACCCCCGGCCCUGCAGCCUGGCGUUGGAGGAUAAAGAAGAAGGAGACAAGCCCCAUGGAGGAGGAGACGGAGGGGAAGGAGGAGGCCUGGAUGCUGCCUCCCUGCCAAGUCUCUCAGAUAACUCACCGCAGUGCCGGAUCUGCUUUCAGGGGCCAGAUAAGGGGGAGCUGUUGAGCCCAUGUCGCUGUAAUGGCUCUGUGCGUUGUACCCACCAGUCCUGCCUUAUUCGAUGGAUCAGUGAGAGAGGCUCCUGGAGCUGUGAGAUAUGCUACACCAAGUACCAGGUCCUGGCCAUCAGUACCAAAAACCCACUACAGUGGCAGUCCCUCUCUCUGACUGUGAUCGAGAAGGUGCAGAUCGCAGCCAUCAUCCUGGGAUCCCUGUUCCUCAUCGCGAGUAUCUCAUGGUUGGUGUGGUCCUCUCUCAGCCCCUCGGCCAAGUGGCAGCGGCAGGACCUGCUCUUUCAGAUAUGCUACGGCAUGUACGGCUUCAUGGACAUUGUUUGCAUAGGCCUUAUAAUCCAUGAAGGGUCGUCUGUUUACCGAAUCUUUAAGCGCUGGCAGGCGGUGAACCAGCAGUGGAAAGUGCUGAACUAUGAGAAAGCGAAGGACUUAGGUGACCUGUUCAACUCGGGCAGUAAAGGCGCGGGUCGCGUUGAGAGGAACUCUGCUCACACCGUCACAGACAGCAGACGGAGGACGAAUCGCCAUGUCAGGACUAUUCUCCACCACCACUGUGGCUACACUCUUUUGCACAUCCUCAGCCAGUUAAGACCCAACAGCCUGCGCAGUGCCAACCAUGAAGUGGUCAUGAGAGUGACCACUGUAUGAGGCUGGGGUAUAAACUGUAUAUACAGACCAAUGUGGUUUGAUGGUAAAGGAGGAGAUGCAAGUGUUGAUUGGGAUUUGACAAAAAAUAAAAAAAUCCUAAUCUUCCACAUAAACACUGCCGUUAACCCGUCUCCCUGAGCUCAAAGAGGACAAUUAGAAAAACAACAUUUCUGAGGUUUGAGCAAAGGGAGAAUGUUGACAUUUUUCUUUUAAAACUUUUAAAACAGGAAAAAAAGAAAAGAAAAAGCUUUGAUUCUUAAAACUAUUAACCAUUUUUACCACCUUGACCAAUGUGACACUAAGUCUUUUAACUGCUUUUGUUUGGUUUUGUUGGAUUUGGAUUCAACUUGAACCAUAACAGAGAAUUUGAUGGUGAACAUGAUUGUGCACCUUCUCACGUGAUGCCCACAACAAUGGCCCUGGCUACACAUAAUUUGUACCACGUGUUCCUGAGGGUGCGUCAUGAUCUAGAUUUGAUCUGUUUUCAGUUGAAGUUGCACUGAAGGAUCAGACAAUAAAAACCUGGUAUAACUUUUAAACAAGUUACACAGUUGGUUGAAAUACAACC